AUGGCGCCUUUACACCUGGACAAGUACGUAGAUAUAGCGAGACACUGCAAAUACCUGCCGGAAAACGACCUCAAGAGGUUAUGUGACUAUGUCUGUGAUUUACUGCUGGAGGAGUCCAACGUGCAGCCCGUCUCCACGCCCGUGACUGUGUGUGGAGACAUUCACGGCCAGUUCUAUGAUCUGUGUGAACUCUUCAGAACCGGAGGACAAGUUCCAGACACAAAUUACAUUUUCAUGGGAGACUUUGUGGACCGAGGCUACUACAGCCUGGAGACCUUCACCCACCUGCUGGCGCUGAAGGCCAAGUGGCCGGAUCGCAUCACGCUGCUGCGGGGAAACCACGAGAGCCGGCAGAUCACACAGGUGUACGGCUUCUAUGACGAGUGCCAGACUAAAUACGGGAAUGCUAACGCGUGGCGCUACUGCACCAAGGUGUUCGACAUGCUGACGGUGGCGGCCGUGAGUCCCUCUGAGUUCAACGGGGAGACUGUAGAUUCAGAGAGCGCCCCCUGCUGCUGGAGGAGAGCACUGCUGCUCUGAUAGAUGAGCAGGUCCUGUGUGUCCACGGUGGCCUUUCUCCUGACAUCAAGACGUUGGACCAGAUCCGGACCAUCG